AUGGCGUGCACCGUAGAUUUCCGGUGCCUAGACGAAGGAUUCGGCGGCAAAACCUACAAACGGAAACGCGAAUCUCAAGAACAAGCCGCCGCCGAAGCACUCGCCGAUGAAACCUCGAUGGACAUCGACGCCGGCGAUCUGAUUCGUCCUCCUUCCGCGAAACGCAGCGCCGUUGCUUCAUCUGAAAAUCCAGACAAACCCAUGGCUGUAGCGGUUGGUAGACCGACAUACGACGGUGUAAUCGCCGGAAAAGUAUCAGGACGGUCAUGGAAACAGCCGCGAACUCACCGAUCUUCGGGGAGGUUCGUUAGGAACAAAGGACCAGAUCUGGAAGAGAUGAAGAGGCAAAAGGAGAUUAAGAGAGCUUACAGGGAGAGGAUGAAUGAGCUUAAGGAAGAGAUUAGGAGUAACAAGAUUGAGAAGAGGAAGAAGAAGGAAGAAAGAGAGAAGAGGAAGAAGGAGAAUGUUUUGAGAACUGGUACUAAAUUGCAGGUGAUUACAAACCCUAAUACUUUGAAGAAGAUUCAAAAGUCUAAGCAGAGGAAGCAUCUUAAAAACAUUCCUGAUGAGAUGGUGCAAGGAUACAAGAAGACGACGAGCAAGACUCAGUGA